AUUCCCCAUGGCAACAACUUGUCAGUAUGCACAUUUUGCUAUUUUUCUUCUGCUGCUCCCCAUCCUCCCUAUAUCAUUUGCCUCAAGAGAUGACCUUGUAAUUGGCACUGCACAUGGGAAAGUUCAAGGGAAGUUGCUUUCAGUUCUGGGUGGUGAAGUUAGAGCAUUUCUUGGAAUUCCUUAUGGAAAACCACCUUUGGGAAAACUGAGAUUCCAUCCUCCAGAACCAGUAGAAUCAUGGAAGGGUGUGAAGGAGGCAACUGAAUUCCCAAAUACCUGCUACCAGAUUCCUGACACAACCUAUCCAGGGUUCAAAGGUGUUGAGAUGUGGAAUCCAAACACCCCUGUCAGUGAGGACUGCCUGUACUUAAAUGUUUGGUCUCCAGUUCUUAACAAAACCCAGUCCUCACAACCUGCUCCAGUUCUUGUUUGGAUCUAUGGUGGUGGCUUUUCCACAGGAACAUCAUCCCUAGAUAUUUACCAUGCUCACUUCCUUAGUAAACUGGAGGGUGUUGUUGUUGUUUCAAUGAAUUACAGAGUGGGAGCUUUUGGUUUCCUGUCUCUUCCUGACAACAAAAACAUCCAGGGCAACGCAGGACUUCUGGACCAACGCUUAGCGCUCAAAUGGGUAGCCAGUAACAUUGCUGCAUUUGGAGGAGAUCCAAUGAAGGUGACUAUCUUUGGAGAAAGUGCAGGGUCAGCAUCUGUGGGCUUCCACAUUCUCUCUCCCGGCAGCCAGAGUUUCUUUCAAAGAGCUGUGAUGCAGAGUGGCUCACCAAAUGCACCCUGGAGCACAAUAAGCCAAAGUGAAGCCAGGGACAGGUGCUGUUAACUAGCAAUAACCUUCCAAAAAAGGAGCUAAUGAUGGGCUUAAACAAAGACGAAGGGACUUCCUUUCUGGUUUAUGGGAUGCCUGGUUUCAACAUCACUGGUGAAAGUCUCAUCUCCAGGGAUGAAUUCCUAAAAGGUGUGCCACUAACCAUGACCCGUGAAAGUGAUGUCACAAGAGAGACAGCCAUUUUUCAGUACACUGAUUGGAGUGAUGUGAAGAACAGCACAAAAAACCGAGACUCACUUGGUAGCCUAGUUGGAGACCAGCUGUUUAACUGCCCUGUGCUGGAAUUUGCUAGCAGAUACUCCAAAGGUGGUGGUAAGACAUUCCUGUAUUUGUUUGACCACCGGUCAUCUGUUAACCCUUGGCCAAAAUGGAUGGGCAUUAUGCACGGUUUUGACAUAGAAUUUGUCUUUGGAAUGCCUCUAAAUACAUCCCUUGGAUACACCAAGAAUGAAGUUAACAUGACCAAGAAGUUUAUGAAGCACUGGGCCAACUUUGCUCGAACUGGGAAUCCACAGAUUGAUGGUGCCUGGCCAGUGUUUACCUCUGAACAGCAGGAGUACAUAACUUUGAACUACAACCAUCCAGAACAAAGAAGAAUGAUGAGAGCCACAGAGUGUCAGCUCUGGAACAAAUUACUGCCUCAAAUACAGAAGACCUCAGAUGCGCUGCUGUCUUGCUUUAAUGCAAGUGGGAUUGUACUUCACUCCAAUUACCUAUUUCUCAUUAUUUUACUGGUUAUGUCUUCAAAUUACUGGCUUAAUCUUGAGAACUGUUUUUUAUUUGGCUAGCCUAAGAAAGAUUUUACUCAGUUAAUAUGUUUGCAUAACAAAGCAAGUGUACAACAAAUGAGUGUAAAUGAACAACACCUUUUUAAACAAUUAUUAUUCUUUUUAAGUGGUACAUACAUACAAAGCAGCUGACUUCUUAUGCAUCUAUCUGACAAGUAAAAACAAGUCCUUAUCUAAAGCCUGUAGCCCUUUGCCACAUCAGAUGUUCCCAUUUAUGUUGUUGCUGUUCCACUUUAGUAAUUUAAACUGAUGGAACAGAYGUGACUCAGUGACACAUCAGUCUGUGUUUAUACACAGCAAGCCUGUGUCUCAGAAUCAACUGAAUAGUUACAGCGAAUAUUUGGACAACAGUUUGACUCUGCAAGUAUCUCGUUGCUCGCUCAGAGGUGCUUCGCUGGAUCAACUUUUGCAUUGUUGCAUACUGUGUUUCAUCAAGCAACAUUGAAAGUGAUGUGAGAGAUGUCCUUAAAAGUUGCAAGUGAUGAAAAAAAAAUCCUAAUUUUCAAAUUUAAGAGUUAUCGGGGAUUGCAUUGAUGCAUCCCUUAGUGUACUAAUCAGUGAUGACCAUAUAUUGGAAAAUAAACAGCAUUUCUUUA